AGACUGAAGCCGCGGAGCUGGGGCAUGAAGCAGUUUCCGGGGCCUUCGGUUCCACUUGUAAACAUGGCGGAGGAGCUGCUGGAAACCGUGGAGAGAUUGCAGUCCAGACUCUCCGAGAACCAAGAGCCUCGGAAGCUGCUCAAGACGUUGAAGAGGCUGGCAGAGCUGCCCAUGACUGUGGACAUCCUGGUGGAAACGGGUGUUGGGAAAACUGUGAAUUCUCUCCGCAAGCAUGACUUGGUGGGAGAGGCAGCAAAGAGCAUAGUCGCUAAAUGGAAGAAACUUGUUCCCCAGCCUGCUGACCGGCCUACUCCCACGAAGGAUGAUCACUCACACUCACUAGCAGCAGACUUUAACCGAGGCCAUAAACGGGUCCGUGAGCCUUCUCCUGAAGACCUGCGCCACGUAGAGGAGGAGGAGGAGGAGGAGGAGGAAGAAAGGGAGCAUGAAAGGGAGCAUGAAAGGGAUGAAGAAAUGGAGGAAGAGUAUGAGCACCACGAGCAAGAAGAGGAGGAGGAGGAAGAAGAGGAGGCGCACGAGCCCAUGAGUCGGUACCAGCACGGUUAUUCCCCCUCUCCUCCACAAGCGUACAGCCCCACGGCGCCCGGUCUGACUGGCCAGCGCUUGCCCCAGUAUCAGCAGGCCUACGACAGCCCUCAGGAGGAGCCUGCGCCCAGUCCCCCACGGAAAGAGCCCCGCCACAGCAAGCCCCACCGAGACCCGGCCAGAGACCACCGAGACCGGCCGCGAGACCGCCACAGCGCCUCCGGGGGGCCGGAGCAGGAGCGGCGGAAACGACCCCCUCAGUCGGCGGCGGGUGGCGGGGGCGGGGAGGGAAAGAGGAGCGGCGACCGGGAACAGAGUAGCAGUAGCGCACAUCGGCCGGACAAACACAAAAACACACACACGUCGCACGACAGGAAACACACACCGCAUGACAGCAGGAAGGAGAAGAAGGGAGGAAGCGAAGGGAGGUCUCAUUCAAAGCGGGAAGAGACGGAGCCUCCGCCGGAGGAGGAAAAGGAAGAGUACGAGACCCCAACCAUGUCCUUUGAGUCCUUCCUGACUUACGAUGCGCCCACCCCGACCAAGAAGAAGAAGAAGCAGCAGCAGCUUCUUAAGCCCUCCCCCAAGCCUGCGGCAGCUGCUCCACCCCCGACUCCCCCCUCAAAAGCCAGCGCCACCAACGGGGCCCGCAGCAGCAGCAAACGCUCGGAACGCGCAGAACGCACAGAACGCGCAGAACGUGCGGAACGCGCCCCGUCCCCCCCUUCCACUCCCAUCACCCCUACACCAGAGAAACGCAGAAAGGUGGUGGACGUGAUGCCCACCCUGCCUGACAUUCCUCUGCCAGCCAUCCAGCCCAACUACCGGCCCCUCCCCUCAAUAGAGCACACACCGGUGUCCCCGCAGAGACGUAAAGUUCCCGUUUCGUGUGAUGCCGAGGAGGAUGCCGGCUUCACGGGCCGACGGUUUAACUCUAAGAUGGUGGUGUACUCUGGGUCCAAGACCUCCUACCUGCCCAAGAUGAUGUCUCUGUAUGAGCAGUGCAUCCGAGUCCUCCAGAACAACAUUGACUCAAUCGAUGAAGUUGGGGGCGUACCAUUUGAGAUUCUGGAGCCAGUGAUGGAACGCUGCACCCCAGAACAGCUGUACCGCAUUGAAGAGUGCAAUCAGCACUUUUUGGAGGACACCGACGAGCUGUGGAUGAAGCACUGCCAGCGUGACUUCAAGCGCCAGACUCCGCACGAGUACGAGUCGUGGCGGGAGCUCUACCUCCGUCUGCACGACGAGCGAGAGGAGCGUCUGCGCAAGCUCACGCAGAACAUCAGCUCGGCCCAUGCCAACCGGCCCAAAGGUCGUCAGGUGAAGAUGGCAUACGUGAACUCGGUCGCCAAGCCACCACGAGAUGUGCGUCGCCGGCAGGAGAAGUUUGGCACGAAUUCCGGACCCAGCUCCAGUGCCAGCUCUGCAUCCUCAAAUCCAGUCCGGAUCAAGCCAGCAAUGGCUUACAGCUCCCAGUCGGAUGACGGGGGGCACUCCUCAUACAGCAGCCCCCCCGAGACAUCUCGCCCCUCUAUGUCCGGUGGGGGAGGGCCCAGUGCGCGCGACAAACAACAGGUCAAAAAAAUUGCUCCAAUGAUGGCCAAAACAAUCAAAGCAUUCAAGAAUCGUUUCUCUCGGCGAUAAGGAGAGAGAGUGACUGACUGCGGUGAAAAGACUGUAGUUUAGUUUUUUUUUAACCUAACAAUGUCUUUAUGGUUAUAAAUGUUCUGGACAGACCACUGGACCCCCUCAGUCAUACCAGAACACAAACAGACACACAUACACACACACACACACACACACACACACACACACACACACAAACAAACUCCUACAAACUCAUCCUGGCAUGUGGUCCUUUCUAUUUUUCACUCAAAGGCUGGCACUACAAAUGGCUUGAGACACCAGGCUAUGAACUUUUACUGCAUUCAGAUUUUUUUUUUAAAGCACAUACCAUUUGGUAGGAUAUCAAAUAGCCCAAGGAAUAUGAAUUUGGAUCUUUCGUUGAGAUCAAAUGCGUUACAUUUGAUCUCAGAUCAGUUACAUCCCACUGUUCCCACACUGUGCAAGUUUGAGCGUAACGUUCACACUGCGGUUUGACUUGAUGUAUCAAAAAGAAUGUGUUUGUGGAGAGCUGGUUAUAAGCACCACCGUGCGGCCUCCAUUUGUUAAAGCAUUUUCAAGAGAAAGAGAGAAUGGGGAAAUGAGAAUUUAUAGGAACGUGCAACUUAAUGCAACUAUUUAUUUAAAUCCUCGGGGCCAGGCUCCCCAGAGCCUGCCAAACACAAGUGGAUCAAAAUAUUAAUUUUAAUAGAUUUUAAUUAUGUAAUAUGAACAUUUUUAAUAAAAUUGACUUUUGCCCUCA